ACUCCCUCCACCAUCCACCACCCUAUUCAUUGUUUCCCUCAGUACUUGCGCAAAAAGAAUUUCAUAGUUCUUUCCCUUAUAAAAAAAAAAUUAAUAAUAAUGUCCGGAGUUUGGGUAUUCAAGAAUAAUGGGGUGAUACGCUUAGUUGAAAAUCCAGGAGCCGACGAAGAGGGCAAUAAUAGCGCCGGUACUUCAAGAAGAAAGGUUUUGGUACACUUGCCAACAAACGAGGUAGUGGCAUCGUAUAAAUCUCUCGAACAAAUUUUGACUGGCUUGGGUUGGGAGAGGUAUUAUCGAGGAGAUCCGCAGCUCCUCCAAUUCCACAAACAUUCUUCGAUUGAUCUCAUUUCUCUACCAAGAGACUUUUCAAGAUUCAACUCAGUUUACAUGUACGAUAUCGUUGUUAAGAAUCCAAAUAUCUUCCACGUUCGUGAUAUGUAGAUUUGGUAAGUUCUAGGUCUUGAACGAUUGUAACACAUAAUGUUUAUAUGUGUGUGGGGGUUGAAAUGGCAAGUGAUGUGCAUAGACUAAUAUAAUUACCUAGUGGAUGGCUCGAUAAAGAUUAGGUAGAGGAUUGAAUGUUCCAGAUUGUCUGCCAACCGUUCAAUCUUGGGUAGUUUGUAUGUGUACUAUAAACAACUUCGUUUCAGUUUCUCUUA